CCUAUAAGGUGUCAGGACGUGGCGGUGUAUUUCUCCAUGGAGGAGUGGGAGUAUGUAGAAGGACACAAGGAUCAGUACAAGGAUCAGGUGAUGAUGGAGGAUCAGCAGCCCCUCACAUCAGCAGUCAGAUCCAGUAAGAGAACAGCAGCAGAGAGGUGUCCCCGUCCUCUUCUUCCACAGGAUCAGGAUCAGGGUGAAGAUCUGAUUUAUAAUAAUGCUACACAUGUAAAGGAAGAAGAAGAGACAGAUGUGAGCAGUGAUGAGCAGUAUCAGGAGGACAUUCCUACAGGGAAAUAUCUAAGCUAUAUUAAUACUACAGACAUAAACAAAGAAGAAGAGACAGAUGUGAACAGUGAUGAGCAGUAUAAGGGGGACAUUCCUACAGGGAGAGAUCUGAUCUAUGUUAAUGCUACAGACAUAAAGGAAGAAGAGACAGAUGUGAGCAGUGAUGAGCAGUAUAAGGAGGACAUUCCUACAGGUAACCGCCCAGAUGACUGUACCGGGAGAUCCGAGGAGAAUCUUAUAUCUUCAGAUUAUAAAGCAGAUGAUGAUAUCACACAAGAUACAUAUGAAGAACAUUCCAUUAUCCCAGAUACACCCUCAGCCCUUCACAGCCAAGAUCUCUCAUCUCAUCCUGUUAUACCCAUCAUGUCGUCUGAUUCUAACGAUAUUGAUCAUAUCCCACAAGAUACCUGUGAAGAUGAUUCCAUUAUCCUAGAUACACCCUCAGCCCUUCACAGCCAAGAUCUGUCAUCUCAUCCUGUUAUACCCGUCCUGUCUACUGAUCCAUCACAGGCUGGUAAACAGAGAAAAAGCCAAAGAAGUGUUGUUAUACAUCGAAAAGCUUAUACAGAAAUGGAGCCAUUUUCAUGUUUAGAAUGUAGGAAAUGUUUUAAUUACAAAUCAGGACUAGUUGAACAUCAGAGAACUCACACAUUAGAGAAGCCAUUUUUAUGCCCAGAAUGUGGGAAAUGUUUUACUCAAAAAUUUAAUCUUGUUAAACAUCAACGAUCGCACACAGUCCUAAAGGCCCUGAUCUUUGGCGACCGGGAAAGAGCAGGCCAGAGUUACCAAGGAACUGAAGUUAUAAGUGCCACGAUCGUCCCAGGCCAGCACUUUCCAGGUGAGGUCCCCCACACUGGAAAGAAGGGACGAUCCCAGAAAAGAUGCAGAGUGUGUUACAAGAGGGGGAUACGGAAGAACACCACCUCUCAAUGUGACACUUGCCCCGAUAAUCCGGGCCUCUGCAUUAAAAACUGCUUCAGGGAGUAUCACACUUCCAUGCAGUACUAAAUUUUCCCUUUUCAUUUUAACUUCCCAUAAUUUGACCCCAAUGUACCAAGUCCAGAGUACAUUCCAAGUUUUAACCCCAUAAGCCACUAAAUUGCUGAAAAACCUAUUUUAUAAAUAAAUAAAUAACACCUCUGGGGGUAUUUUUUUUCCAAAAAUGGGUCAUGGUUCACUGAGUCACUAUCAUCGGGGACUUUUUAUGUUGCCUCAAAUACACGUCACAUUCCCAGAACGAUGACUCAGAGCAUAGGGUUUGGGGUGGGCAUAUUUUUUAGUUUUGGUUAUGCUCUGGGUCAUCAUUCUGGGAACAUAACCUAUUUUUUCAUUUUAUGGCCCACUGUACCCCACUUUAUUAACUCUGUGUACCCCAUGUAACGCUCCUUGAGGGGGGUCCCGCUGUUCUGGCUCCAUAGUAGCUCAGUAAAUGCUCAAGGCCCCUGACUGUGCUCCUGCUCUUCCAAGACCUGGUGUGCACCCGCAGAGCUGUUUACGUGAAUAUAUGAGGUAUGUUCUUACUCCAAAGAAAUGUAUUUACAAAUUUACGGUGACAUUUUCUCCUAUUACCUCUUGUGAAAAUGAAAAAUUUGGGGCAACCCCGGUAUUUUAAUGUAAAAAAUAAAAUGUUUCCUUUUCUCAUCCCACUUUAAUGAACAUUUAUCAAACACCUGUGGGGUGUUAAGGCUCUUUUUUGCCCUUGUUAUGUUCCUUUAGGGGUGUAGUUUCUAAAAUGGUAUGCCAUGUGUUUUUUUUUUUGCUGUUCUUGCACCAUAGAGGCUUCCUAAAUGUGACAUGCCCCCCAAAAACCAUUUCAGAAAAAUUCACUCUCCAAAAUCCUCUUGUCGCUCCUUCCCUUCUGAGCCCUCUAGUGCACCAGCCGAACACUUGACAUACACAUAUGAGGUAUUUCCAUACUGGAGAGAUAUUGGGUUACAGAUUUUGGGGGGGAUUUCUCUCCUUUUACCCCUUGUAAAAAUUCAAAAGCUGGGUUUACAAGAACAUGCGAGUGUAAAAAAUGAAGUUUUUGAAUUUUCUCCUUAAUUUUGCUGCUAUUCCUGUAAAACACCUAAAGGGUUAACACACUUUCCGAAUGUCAUUUUGAAUACUUUGAGGGGUGCAGUUUCAUAAUGGGGUCAUUUUUGGGGUAUUUCUAAUAUGAAGGCCCUUCAAAUCCACUUCAAAACUGAACUUGGCCCUGAAAAAUUCUGAUUUUGAAAAUGUGAAAAAUUGGAAAAUUGCUGCUGAACUUUGAAGCCCUCUGGUGUCUUCCAAAAGUGAAAACAUGUCAACUUUAUGAUGCAAAUAUAAAGUAGACACAUUGUAUAUGUGAAUCAAUAUAUCAUUUAUUUGGGAUAUCCAUUUUCCUUACAAGCAGAGAGCUUCAAAGUUAGAAAAAUGCUAAAUUUUCUAAUUUUCCAUGAAAUUUUGGAAUUUUUCACCAAGAAAUGAUGCAAGUAUUGGCGAAAAUUUACCACUAUGUUAAAGUAGAAUAUGUAAUGAAAAAACAUUCUCUGAAUCAAAUUCAUAAGUAAAAGUAUCCCAGAGUUAUUAAUGCUUAAUAUGGCAGUGGUCAGAUGUGCAAAAAAUGCUCUGGUCCUUAAGGUGAAAAUGGGCUUGGUCCUUAAGGGGUUAAAAAUGUCACUAGGGGUCUCUGUCUUUUUAAUUUUUACAGUAUUGGGGGGGCUGGGUUAGGAUGGGAAAUUAGAAAGAAUUAUAUUUUAAAAAUGUUUGUAAUGUUAUAAAAUGAAAUGUAUUAAUAAACAUAGUUUGGUAGCCACCAUCAGCUCCAGGAAAGGUGCAUUUAUAC